AUGGGCAUCCUCGACGAUCUUAUUCCCAGGCCUACGGCUCCUCCAGCUACGAGAACGCUCAAACAACGAGCAGUAACUAGUAGCCAAACAACAACGGAAGAGAUCACCAUCACAAUCGCCCCAGAUAACACUUGUGGAUACAUCUCAGAACGACUUGGAGCCAGCAGAGCGUGUCCACUCAACGACUGGUGCUACUUCUUCCCACCCGUGCCAGCCCAAUCAUUCACAAACGGCGGUGUUUUAUGCUGCGGAGAGACAUCUUGUCAGUACCACGCAACAUGUAUCAACUCGGAGGAGUACUUUGUGUCGAGUAAAUGCGAUGGUGGUUGCGAGGUUGACAACUACACUCUGAAAUGUACAGACUCAGCAUCUCCUUACUGUAACACUGUAUCAUGGGAGGGAAGCACAUUCGAUUAUUGGUGCAACGACCUCGAUAUCUCUACAGCACAAAGCGCCGCUCUCACCUACAAGGGCCAAACAUCACGAGAUUUCGGCACCAUUAAUGAGCGAGACUACAGCUCUCUACUUUCUCAAAUGACGGAGGCGCAAACUGAACGCAGUGUCAAUGCCGAAGCGACAGGAACAGCAACAUCCCAAUCUGCCGCUAUCGAGACAAACAAAGAUAGUGGCAGCUCAGGAACUCCGGUAGGCGCAAUCGCUGGAGGAACAGUUGGCGGUGCAGCAGCACUCGCUCUCAUAGGCGUGGCAGUGUUCUUCUUCCUCCGCCGAAGAAAGAAGAGCAAAGCUUCAAGUUCAUCGAACUACCAACAAGCACCUGGAGGUGACAAAACGGGAUGGAACCAGCAGCAGCAACAGCAACAGGGUGGCUACUACUACGAUCCAAAUUCACCGUCCACGGGUUAUGAUGGAAGCCCAAGUGGUCAGUAUGGAUAUCAACAAGCUGGAGGCUAUCCUGCUGGGCAUCAACAGCCUGCUAUUCAUGAAGCGGGUGGUGAGGCCGUGGGGAGCAUCCCUCAAGAGCUUCCAGAUAGUGGACCUGGGGAAAAGAAGCCGGCAGAGCUUGCUUGA